CCAUAAUACAUUUUCAAAGUCGUAUGUUUUUGUCCAAUACGGUCCCCCAUAGACCACUGUCAUCCUAUAGCUAUGCUAUGUCCCCAAAUUUCACCCCAACUCACAUGUCAAUUCACGCCAAUUCACACCGGUGAAUUAGCAGGCGUGAAUUCACAUCCCCACUUUCAGGAACGUACAGCUACGUACAGCCACAAUUAUGAACUGAUAAAGUGACCUUGCAGUUCCUAGUCAAUGUGUGUCGAAUCCAUCAUGUCUUCCGUUUCUAUCAAAAAGUCUUUAUGCAAACUCUUCACCUUCAUGCACAAAUAUCUUGGGUUUUUGAAGCUAUCGAUUCUGCGCAUCCACCGACCCGUCCUUACACUUCUCCGACUAGUAUAUGGCUUUUCGCACAAACUUAGUAGCGUCUUACUGGGACCUAAACUCAGCCUCGAUGACAUUACGGGAGCUGCACAGCCUGCCGUUUUGGAUAUCCAGAAUCAGAUCCCGUUGACGACGCUUGCUGUGCGCGCUCCCGAGAGCAGAAAUUCGCCUCCCUUCCAACAUGUUGGGAGUCCUUUGGCAUUUCCAUCAGUUCAGGUGUCAAUGGAUCAUGGCCAUUAUUCUGUUCAGACAGCUUCAGCAGUAUCUAACGUCCGUCGACCAGGAGAGAUUAGGCUUGUGCCAAUCAUUGCAUCACAAAUUGCUAGGUACAACAGGAAUAUUACUCAAAAGAAGGAUUUCCAUGUGUUCGAAGUUAGCCCAGGGCUGGACAAUUUUACGGAACCCUCGACAAAUGUUGCCAACUGGUUGCAGCUCACUCAUCCUCAGGGCGCGCGCUUCUUCUUUAACCCCCUUCAGAGAGUCUUCACCGAUCAGAAUAUUUUGAAGGAUGGCCUUGCACUUGAGAUACUUGCUGCAGCCACGGAAGCGAAUCAAAUGGUAGCAGAGAUUGGCAAGGUUUGCGCGACAAUGGAGCUUGCUGUCGAAAAGCUUCCCAGCGGUGCCUUUGGGUAUUAUUUUGUAGACCAUGAUGCACGGAUUAUCUUCUGGCCCGAGACUGUCCGAUCUAGACACCUUAUGAACCAUGUACGAGGUGUCGUUGAGAAGAGUCACAUCAGGUAUGCGCUGGAGGCACAAUACUGGAAACAUUGCACCCUGUUCCCGAACAUGCGUGCUCUCCCCGCACAGGCGGUGGAUCGUUUGCGAGAUAUCAUUGCGCAUGCUUAUGCCGGAUCAAUCACGUUUCAAACAUUGCCUUCUCCCUUCCAUUUGGAUGAGCUCGAAAAAAUGCUCAGUGUUGUUGAUCGCGUGAAAGAUCGCGUGGAAACGAUCAACGAGCACUCUGUCUGUAUCGUGGCUCGAUACAUGGAUAUGUUCGUCCGGGAUAAAUUUGUCAACUUCUGUGGACAGCCUGGUGCCCGUCUUGAUACUGAUCAAUCGCUAUACUAUGGUAAUAGCGAACAGCCCAAGUCCAUCUUGUAUAACAUUUUGAAUGUUGCACUGUUUAACUCCCCCACCAUCCACGGCGAAUCCAUUCGCAACGUCUGGGUGGACAAUAGCGUGGUCAAACACAUGUGGAAUGAUUUCAUCUGCCAAUUGAGCACCGAGUUCAACGGUGUUUCAGUGUUGACCUGCUCACGAUUGCAGUCAACCGUGAUGCUCACUGUUGAUAUCAGCUUCCUCGCGGUUCCUGGAGCAGACGAUUCCUCCAUUCAGUCAAAACCAACCGCAACGAUUUUCAUCUACCUGUCCACGCUUUGCGCAAUGGGCUCGCUCCUCAGCGGCAAUGGACAGAGCUCGGCUUCCAGUAUGGCCAUUUUCAUGGGCUUGAUGUUCCAAUCAUUUCUUGGCAUCGAGAGCCUUGCCUUCAUGCUCAGUCUGCCGUAUGCUCUCCUUAUCUGGGGAAUGAUUUUCUUUUCAAUAGGACUCUCAAUCCUCAUCUUCUAUACUACCGAUAUCAUUGCAUUGACUGUUGUCACUCCCAUAUGGGCGGUUAUUGUCCUUCUCACGAUGUGGCCAGUCCUAGCAACUAAUAGCCUCCACGUCCCUGUUGUUGCUGUGCGGGCCGCUAAGUCCUGCAAAGACAUCAUACAACGCAUGGCCAUUAUACGAAGGCAAUGAUUGAGUUUCUUUCAUUCGGUCUAUGGAUGAGAGCUUUUUCUUGACAUUCAUACAAAGCUCACUUAAUGUAAUAUUUACUAAUUUUACUUAUACUAGUCCGUUCUCUCUUUGUAUUACGAUGCCCUGGCGCGAUGUCGUAGUUACCUCACACAUAGUCAUUCUCG